CGUCUAUUCAAGGUUGUUAAAUUAACUCUCUCGAAACGUACAAAAAGCUUCAACCCCACCUCUCUCUCUCUCUCUCUCUCUAGGAAAUCCUCCGUCGCUCCAGAGCAACCGUCGAUGGCGGCCAGCUUUGCCGGCGCCGCCACCACCACCACCACCACCACCUCUAAUACCGUCGUCAAGCACAUACCAUAUUUUGGUCCCAAGCCGACCUCACUAGUCACACCGUCGUUACUUCUUUCCCCCUCCGUCCUGAAAUUCCAUCGAAUUUUGACAUUGAAGAAGAAGAAACCUAAAUUGGCGAUUUGUUUUGUGCUGGAGGAUAAAACUAAAACGUUGAGCACCAGCACCAGCAGCAGCGGCGGCGGCGGGACGCAAUUGGAGUUUCCCGAUUCAAGCGGCGAACAGAGCGUCGACCAAAUCUCCGCCGCGGCGGCGCGGGUGGCGGAGAAAUUGGCGCGUAAGAAGUCGGAGAGGUCAACCUAUCUGAUUGCGGCCGUUAUGUCGAGUCUAGGAAUCACUUCCAUGGCAAUCGUAGCUGUCUAUUACAGAUUUGCUUGGCAAAUGGAGGGUGGAGAGAUACCAUAUGCAGAAAUGUUUGGUACAUUCCUACUCGCCGUCGGUGCUGCCGUGGGAAUGGAGAUGUGGGCAAGAUGGGCACACGAAGCCCUGUGGCACGCCUCGUUGUGGCACAUGCACGAGUCACACCAUAAACCAAGAGAAGGAGCUUUUGAACUAAACGAUGUUUUUGCGAUAACUAAUGCUGUUCCCGCAAUUGCCCUCCUCUACUACGGUUUUUACACUAAAGGCCUCAUUCCCGGCCUCUGUUUUGGUGCUGGCCUUGGGAUAACGGUUUUUGGAAUGGCCUAUAUGUUCGUCCACGAUGGUCUCGUCCACAGGAGAUUCCCGGUGGGGCCCAUUGCUAAUGUACCCUAUUUUAGAAGAGUCGCCGCUGCUCAUCAGCUUCAUCACUCGGAGAAGUUCAACGGGGUCCCAUACGGAUUAUUUUUAGGACCUAAGGAACUUGAAGAAGUAGGAGGGUUGGAAGAGCUGGAUAGGGAAGUUAGCAGAAGAAUUAAAAUGUCCAAGAAUUUAUGAUAGUUUUUUUAACCUAAUUGGGAAUUGUUUUUCAGUAUAUAUAGAGAAAAAAUAGAUAUACCAAAAUGAUUGAUUACUGGUGUAUUCCAGUGCUUGUGGUGAAAAGCUACUAUGUUAAAUAAAAAUUUGGGGCUGUUAAUUAAAUGUAAA